CUUCUCUAAUAGUCUCCUUCCACACAGCUGAUAACAUUCAAUUGCGUAGACGUAAGAGAUAACUCGGGCCACCAAUAGGGACCUCGGUGCUUGGAUCACCUCUGAUUCUCAUUGGCUACUUUUGGCGUUGUAAUGGCCUUACACCUUAUGUAAAUCCAUACUGGUCAAAUUUGAUGACUCGGCCACCACCGUAACGGUCCCACCCAGGUCUACAUGGGUACAUGUAGUUUGGCUAUCCUCAUUACUCUGCUGCAGAACCACAAUGCAUCAUGCCAGGCCUACCUCUAUCUUACACAGGACCCCAUGGCUACCUCCUGUUGCUGUAGCUGCUAAAGGGCUGUAUAUCGAUCUUGAAGACGGCCGUCGAUUGAUCGAUGGUAUCGGAGGCGCAGCGGUUACUUGCCUUGGUACAAGCCAUCCGAAGGUCAUUCAGGCGAUUAAAGACCAGCUCGAUACCCUGACUUAUGUCUACAACGUACAAUUAUCCAGUGAACCCGCUGAGGAACUUGCUCAGUUCCUUGUGGACACUAGCGAUGGUGCAUUCGACCUUGUCGCCUUCGCCUCUGGAGGCUCUGAGGCUAUGGAGGCAGUAAUAAAGCUAGCCCGGCAGGCAAGCCUCCAUUCAAACACAUAUUUUGUCGAAAUUGGUCAACCGCAGCGAAGGAAUUUCGUCGCCAGACAACUAUCGUUCCACGGCAAUACGCUCAGCACACUGUCGCUCGCUUGCCAUCCCGCUCGGCGUGCGCCCUAUGCAGAUAUUCUAGAUACAGAUCACUUCCAUCACGUAUCGCCUGCAUAUGCUAAACGCUUCCAACGACACGACGAGACGGAAGAACAAUAUGUCGAGCGGCUCCGACAGGAACUAGAGGAUAAAUUUCUUGAGCUUGGUCCAGAUACUGUAAUUGGGUGUAAGCAGAUAUUUCUUCUGAACAAGUUCAAAUGUGACUGGCAUACAGUUGUUGCAGAGACAGUCGUUGGUGCCACGACGGGAGUUGUCGGUGCACCACGAGGAUAUUUCGCGGCGAUGAAGUCAGUUUGCCACAAGUAUGGCGCAUUAUUUAUUCUAGACGAAGUCAUGUCUGGCAUGGGCCGCAUGGGGUCUCUGCAUGCGUGGCAGAGUGUGGGCGAUGGCGCGGCCCCUGAUCUCCAAGCUGUCGCUAAAGGACUUGGCGGAGGCUAUGCAUCUAUUGGCGCGGUUUUGAUGUCUCCCAAGGUUUCCAAGGGUAUCCGAGAUGGAUCCGGUUUUCUCAAGCAUGGGCAUACAUACCAAGCGCACCCACUGGCUUGUGUGGCCUCUCUGGCCGUACAAAAGAUAAUCAUCGAAGAAGGUUUAUUCCAACGGGCGGUGGAGAAUGGUGAACUGCUGAGCAAGCUUCUCCAUGAAGGCUUGCUGUCCGACCACGCCCUCGCUAAACCAUUCUGCUUCGAUAUAAGAGGGCGAGGAGCGUUCUGGGGCAUCGAGUUCGACUUUGAUGCGCCAGAGGCUGAAAACCUGAAUUUCAAGGGGCAGACGUUUGCUAUGCUUGUCCAAGCGCGCUGCCUUGAGAAUGGGCUUGUCGCGAUGGGCAUGAAUGGAGGUGCUAAUAUUGAAGGCACAAAGGGCGAUUGUCUCAUGCUCGGACCUGCGUACAAUGCCACGCCGGAGGAAGUUCGUGAGAUUGCGACGAUAUUCGUUCGGAGUGUAGAGGAGGUCUUGAGGGAUGCCAGAGUAAAAGCAGCAAGGCAGAAGGAGAAGGAGCGUGACCAGCCAAAAGACAGGGACAGUGACUCAGUAGACCAAUCAGCUCUUUCCGCUGGGAAUCCCCGCUCAUCCAAAGCAACGACAUCCAAGAACAAGCGCUCUCGUGAAAGCGGUGCAGGAAAGGGUAAACUGAAGGAGCCAACUGACGAUUCCACCCGAGCUACUAAAAGGACACGGAGAGCCACUUUCCCAUCAGCUUCAUCUUCAUCUUUAACCAUCAACGAACCUACUCAAGACAGGAAAGGAAAAAAACGGGCAGCCCCCGAGGCCGAUUCCGAAGAAGAGACAUCCAGUGCAGUCCUAUCGUUAUCUGCUAAACGAACGAGGACUUCAGCAUAUUCCUUACGAUCAAGAGUCGACACUUCUACAUCCUCAUCUGCAUCGAUGCCUAAAAAGACCAAAACCGCGGUGAAAGGAAAAGUGGCGGCGAAGACCAGAGGUGGACCCUCUUCCAGCGCAUCAAGGCUGAAUGACGACGAUAUCGACAUGCUGGACGCCGGUAUGAUGAAGUGUGACAACCCCACCCGAGAUGAUGACAAAGACAACUAUGGCAAUCAUGAGGAAGACAUAGACGUCCACGAUAACGAAGCCACUCAUGGUGACGGUGAAGGCGACAACCGUGGUGAUGAUGACGAGAUGUCGCCAACGGGAGGCGUUCGUUCAUUCGCCGGUUUGGACGAAGCUGCGGCCAUGGCCAUCUUCGGUGACUAUCGACAAUUUGGGUCUUACAUGGUUUCGCUCUCCGGGCGUCUCAAAACCAUGCUUAACAACAUCAAAUCUACUGCAAGUCCAGCCACGCGGCUGGUAACCCUACAGGAGCUCAGCGAACUUCUGUCUAUAAGCACGGAGGACACACUGGCAGGUUCAUUCCAGGUCGAAGAUUUUGUGGGUGAAUUGGUGAAGAUAUUAGGCGGACGAGGUGUGAAUGAAGACGAUGACGAUAGAGAUGACAGCGAUGAACAAGAUGACGCCGCUGUCUCUUCUGUUUUGGCUAUGAGCACCAGUGUCUCCUAUCAGGGGGAUGAGAACCUUGAGGCGCAAGUGCUCGCAUGUCGAUGCCUCGCCAAUUUGAUGGAAGCCCUUCCUGGAGUGGCACAUACUGUUGUUUACCAUGGCGCUAUCCCCGUCCUAUGCAGCAAACUGAUAGAGAUUUCUUACAUUGAUUUAGCCGAGCAAACUCUUAGUACUUUGGAGAAGAUCUCAGAGGAGUUCCCAAGUUCCAUCGUCCGAGAGAACGGCCUUGCAGCGCUGCUAAACUACCUCGACUUCUUCUCCAUUGCCGUCCAGAGGACUGCUCUACAAGCUGCUGCGAACUGCUGUAGGAAUAUAUCUUCUGAUCACUACCCCAUGAUCCGCGGUGUCUGGUCUAUUAUCCGCGAUUGUCUGGGGUAUUCCGAUCAAAGAUUAGUCGAGUUCGCAUGCCUUUGCGUCAUCCGAGUCAUCGACUCCUACCAUCGCGCAUCCACUGAGAAUUUAGAGAAUCUCUUGGACGAAAGCACCAUACGAGCCAUCAACGCACUUCUCUUGCCCUCGGGAGGCUCUCAAAUGAUCGCUGCCAACACCUACACCUUGCUUUUAAGGGCACUAGCCACGGCGACCCGUGCCAGCCCCAAGAUCACGGUGACUUUAUUGCAAGCCGACGUCGUCGAUACACUAUAUCAGAUCCUUACGGGAGUACUUCCGUCGGCAACUACAGAGAGGAGUAUCUCUGGAGAGGACAUGACGCGUGUUACCGUGAUGGAAAACCUGGCCCAUCGACCUAAAGAUCAAGUAGAAGAGGCUCUUAGCCUCGUUUCAGAACUGAUGCCCCCUCUGCCAAAAGACGGUGUCUUCGACCACAAGGGUUACACUGACAAAGCUCUUGCACGCAUGGUAAAGGCUAAGGCUAAGGCAGAACGUGCCGCUUCCCGACAGGCAACUUCUUUGUCGUCGCAGACCAUGACGCCACCCGACCUGUUGCAACACGUCAAUUUUGGACACAACGAAGGGAAUCAUGAGUCAGAUACGCCGAUUCAUGAUGUUGAUGAGCUUUCUCACGUGGCAUCUGCUACUGAUCCUGUUUCUGACCGGACAGAGUUGCUGCGCUCCAAGCCGGACGCGGUUGGACGUUUCAUGCGGUUGAUGGUACCCGUGCUCAUCGAUGUAUACGCUGCCAGCGUCAUUACUCCUAUAAGAAUUAAGACAUUGACUGGUCUGUUAAAGGCGGUGGGCUUUUUGGAAGGCGAUGAGCUUAAAGCAGCUUUGAACAUGGUCCCUGUUGCAAGUUUCGCUUCCUCAAUACUAUCUUCUAAAGAUCACCCCUCGCUGGUCAUUGGAGCGUUGCAACUUGUAGACCUCCUUCUCCAGAAGGUUCCCACCGAGUAUAGACCAGCCCUUAGGAGAGAGGGAGUGUUCCACGAGAUUGAAGCCUUGGCGUCGAGGACACUGUCUACGACGAAAUCCAAAGACAAGGAGAAGGAUACUUCUGACCUGUCCGGAAGUCCGCCUCCCCCGCCUAUGUCCGUGCACUUGUCCUCCAUCCCUGGAUACAGGAAGUUCCAUUCACUGUCGCUUGAGCCAGAAGAUGCCAUAACACUACGGGCGAGAGUCAUCCGCUUCAAAUACACUCUCAGCCAUGAGGAUAGUGACGGGGAUAGUUCCGAUGAGUUUCGGCGUUUGGUAGUCAAGCUUUCUGCACCAGAUACCACCGAACAGGUCAUGGUCGCAGCACUCAGGGAUUUCGCAGAACAUUUGACUUCGAACGGAUCUGUCUCCAGUUUUGAGCUCCUCCAAAGUGGGGCUGUAGAAGGACUUCUUCGUUACACGACCGGUAGUGGUUCUGUUCCAGUGAAACGUCGCCGAGAACUCCUUUUCGAAGCGUUUACAAGAAUACCGAAGGGCGGUAAUUCAGGCCAAUCCCCGUUCGCUGUUUUCGUGAAGAGAUUACAAGAGAGUCUAACAAGGAUGGAAAAUUUCGAUGUGAUUUCGAUAGCUCAAGGGAGUGACGAUUCAAAGCGCAGCUCGCCCUCAUUGCUCGCUCGGCAGCUGCGCCUCAGGCUUGUGACAGAUGAUGAUUCCGACAUACCACGCAGCUUGCAAAAUAUGGUUGUAUCGAUCCACGCCAUCGCUACCUUCCAGGCCCUUAACGACUAUUUGCGACCUCGGGUCGCGGGAAUAUUGUCAAACGGUCGCCUGUCGAAUAUGCUUGCUGCGUUGGCAGCAUCCGGAUUUGGUCCUGGCGCUGUACCUCGAGCCCCUUUCGAAGCGGAGGGACAGCCAAGUCGUGCUUCAGACCUCCCAUCAGCGCCGCUAGCGCCUUCUGAUGCGGGCGCUCCGGCUACCGAAGUCGGACGACGCCGCAGUGAACGUUUGAGCGCGAAGAACACUCCUUUAGCGACGGAGCCUGCGGCUGACACCAUUCCUUCGACACCAGUAGCUCCUCGACCUAGUAGUUCGCGACGAGAGGAAGCUCUCAUCAAUGAUAGCGGAUAUCCUGCACACCUUACGGAUGAUGAAGUGGACGCAGAGGUUUUUGAAGACGACGACCUAGACACUGCAGGGGAUAAAACAAUCACACUUUCCAUCGCAGAAGAUGGAGGAAGGGUGGAGGCACAAACGCCCGACGGUACUCGUAUUGCUACUCCGAACUCGGCCAGGGAUGCUUCAACAGCAAAUGGUCGCUCAGGACCUCUAAGUAAAUCAUCUUAUGCAGCAGCUCUCAAGGCCAAGCCAAUUGACUGGCACCUGGAGUUCUCGAUGGAUGACCACGUCCUUCCCUUGGACCUAACCAUCUACGGUGCAAUUCACCAGCAUGAGAUGAGGAAGAAAGCUGGCAGUCAGCCUUCAAGUUCCAUGUGGCAAGGUAUUUACACAGUGAAAUUCCGCAAGGUCAACGGACCACCCCCGGGCUCCGAAGGUGAGUCCCUCUGCUCAAGAAUAAUACCGAGUAUGAUGACGUUGCCAGUGCGAGGUGAAGCCGUGGCGAAGAUCCGGUCGCCGAGUCCAAGCCUCUCAUCAUUGCCCGAUGAAGCUCCCCAUGCGAAGAUUCUGCGUCUGCUGCGCGUUCUACAUAAGCUUAAUGCAGCAGAGUUAGAACGUCCGGCCAGGCCGUAUGAAUGUCGCGCUCUCCCCGAAUCCGCCUUCAUAAAUAAUAAGCUGACGGCGAAGCUCACCCGUCAACUGGAGGAACCCAUGAUUGUUGCUAGUUCAUGUCUGCCUGACUGGGCAAUCGAUUUGCCGCAAAACUUCCCAUUCCUCUUCCCGUUUACAACUAGAUAUAACUACCUUCAGUCAACUUCCUUUGGCUAUGCUCGGCUAAUCUUAAAAUGGCAAAGCCAACAAGGCCGAGGUCAAGACAGUUCGCGUCGCGACGAUGGUAUAGGUUUUCUCGGUCGCCUUCAACGCCAGAAGGUCCGCAUAUCUCGCAAACACAUUCUGGAGUCUGCUGUCAAAGUCUUUGAACUGUACGGUUCGUCAUCCUCGAUCCUAGAGGUUGAAUACUUCGAGGAGGUGGGCACUGGACUUGGGCCCACUCUCGAAUUUUAUUCGCUAGUAUCCAAGGAAUUCGCCCGCAGAGACCUCAAGAUUUGGCGUGAUGCCGACCCGACUUCUCCGGGCGUUCAUGUACAUCAUCCAGCCGGACUCUUUCCGGCGCCUAUAAGCCCUGUCGAUAUUGCUAAUGAUGGCGGACAGAAACGCACUCACAUCCUACGUGUUAUCGGACAAUAUGUAGCGAAAGCAAUGUUAGAUUCCAGGAUCAUAGAUCUUUCAUUCAACAAGAUCUUUAUCAAACUGGUCUUGGGCGACGAAGUCCCGUUCACAGUCGACUCUUUGCGGUUGGUUGAUAAUGACCUUGCCAAUUCCCUUGCCAAGCUACAAGGAUAUGCGGCAUUGAAAGGUCAAAAUGAGAAGCUGUUCCGGAAGGUUGCUUUAAUGGACAUCGUUAACGUAGAGGACCUUGCGCUCGAUUUCACACUUCCGGGCUAUGAUAUUGAACUCAGGCCUGGUGGCCGCGACAUUCCUGUCACCUCGGAGAACGUUGAGCAAUAUAUUCAUGACGUCCUGGAUGCCAUCAUAGGCUCGGGAGUUCAGCCUCAGGCCAAAGCGUUCCGAGAGGGCUUCUCGAAAGUUUUCCCUGUCAGCGAUCUACAGGCCUUCUCUGCUGACGAGUUGGUCAUGUUGUUUGGUAACUCGGAUGAGGAUUGGGGUAUUGAGACGCUCAGCGAAGCCAUCAAGGCAGAUCAUGGAUUCCAUGGCGAGAGCCGCUCCAUCCGUGAACUAAUCGAGCUCAUGGCGGAGUUUGAUCCACCCACUCGUCGCGAUUACCUUCAAUUCAUAACCGGAAGCCCAAAACUACCUAUUGGAGGCUUCCGAGGCCUCAAUCCCCCACUGACAGUAGUCCGCAAGCCCGCUGAGCCUCCGAAUACCCCUGAUGCUUAUCUGCCAAGUGUGAUGACUUGUGUAAAUUACCUGAAGUUACCGGAGUAUAGCUCGAAGACGAUCAUGAGAGAGCGGCUGCUUACGGCGAUAAAAGAAGGAGUUGGCAGUUUCCACUUGUCUUAGUCCUGUCGCUACAUAUUUGUAUACUCGUAUACUCGUGCACUUCUUGCUGUUGUUAUUCAUACCAGUCCACGUCGAACUUGCAUUUGGCUAGUAUCCCAUGUAUGUAUUCUAGUUUCGCUGUAGUACCAGUGCUGUUUGAGUGCUG